CACUAACGGAAACAUCAACGUGAAAACGAGACGGACGCCCUCCGUCCCGUUAUAUCUCGUUAUAUGCUGUGUCUGUCUGUCUGUGUGUUGAGUUGAGAGUUCUACGUCGCGCACUCCAAAAAAAAACUUUAACAUCCUACAUACACUGGCAUACACACUCACACACGCAUUAAUAUAUAUUAAAAAAAAAAAAUAUAUUUAAAAAGUGCAGAAAAAAGAGCGCCCAAUGCGGCCAAUGGAAAUGCCAAAGAAAAUGCAGCAGCAACAAAUUCGACAGCAAACGCAAAUUCUGCAGCAACAAGAGGAGCAACUACAACAACAAUUGCAGUUCCCCAAUACAUAAGUCCACCGAAUUUUCCGUCUUUGUCGCGCGCGUUUACACUCACACACACACACACACCAGACACACACCUACACACUUAUACAGGAGCACAUGCAUGUGCAUAAAUGGCAAUAUGGACGAAAAGCAGCUGCAUUUGUGUUUUAUACCAACACUGUGAACCGCGCGUGCCAAAUAUUGCCGAUUUUAUCACACGAACAGCAACAACAACAGCAGCAGCAACAGAAGAAACAACAAUAACAAUAUCACCAGCGGGACCAGCUAUUAAAUAAUAGAGCUAUUACAACAACAACGAUAACAACGAACAAUACCGGAAGGCGUCGCAAAAUAUCAAAAUGUCAAUUCAAAAGCUAAACGACACCACCAACUCGGGCUACGUGAGUUCCGAGGAGACGGACUCGCUGCUGGUUAGCAGUUCGAAUCCCUCGAAGGGCGGCGGUCGGACGGCUCUGCUGCGCCAGGUGAAGAGUAGCUCCACAAAUGGCCCAACGACGGGGGCGUCCACCACCUCGUCGGGAUCGGGCUCCGGGGGCGGAUCGGCGUCAGCGGGUUCGAACUCCGCGGCCGGAGCUGGGGCUUCCAAGCCGACGCUGAUGCGGCAGGAUCGCACUUCCACCUACUUGACCAGUCCGCAGCAGUCGCAGCAUGCGAGGAUGGGCUCCGAGGAGAGCAUGCGAGGGGGCGGAACUGGCCACGAGGAGGAUGUGGAGCAGGGCCUGGUCCGCAGCAGCAUAGUGCCUGACAUUGAAGUACACGAAGAGGACCAAGAUAGCCACAGUCAGGGAACAAGUAGUAACCAACAACAACAGCAACAGCUACAGCAACAGCUACAGCAACAGCAACAACAACCGACCAUAUCAAUUAUGAAUUUAAGCCUAAAGCCCGGCGAUAGCCAUAGCCACAGCUCCAGUCCGGGUGUUAGCCAUCCCAAUUUGGGCACCUCUUCAUAUCAGAACCUGGCCUCGAGCAUACCGCCCAGCGUGCCCAGUCGCUGCCGGGCGUGCCGUAAUUGCAGCCGACGUGCUUCCACCACGCCCACCACGCUGAUCGAUCGCUCCGCCUCCCGCGACAGCGUGAAAAGUGCCUUCCAGCAGGGCAAUCUUAGCGGCUCCAUGGCCAUUUGCAUAUCGAAUUCGGCCCUGUCGCAACAGCAACAGCAGCAGCAGCAGCAGCAAUACCAUCACUUGCAACAGCAGCAACACUAUCAAUUGCAACAACAACACCUGGCACAGCAGCAACAUCUGCAGCAGCAGCAGCAACAGCAACAGCAAGUGCCGCCCGUUCUAAUCACCUCAUCGCCCACAAAUGGAUCACGGAUAAUACGGCAAAGUUCGCAGCCGGAAUCGAGCAGUACGGCGAUUUGCUGCGGACCGCAUUCCGCCUGCGUCGGCCAUGCCCACUCCCAUUCGCAUACGGUUCCCAAUGUCUCGCUGAAGCAAUUGCGCGAAAGUUCCGGCGAUGGAAUCGCUGGGAUUGCAGCCGACUCCCUGCGGAUCAAUGGGGGAAUGCGGCCUUUUAAGCAGGGCGUUCUUCUAAUGCCUCGCACCUUGUCCGAAAGCCGAAAGUUGCGCCUUCGAAGAGCCUUCACUGAGGCCACUAACGAAACGCUCCAAUGCUCCAAAAUGCUCCGCAAACCGGCGUCGACACUCUCAAUUCCUGGCUCGAUGAAAACACCUUCCAUUGCGAACCGGGAACAGAUCUCAUCUGGAUGCAACGAAGAAGCGGCCGAGGCACUAGUGGGUAUCCACUCAGACUACCCUAGGUAUGAAAUGUAUAUGGAAGAACGUGCUCUUACUGGCGGCAAUACGUCCAGAAAGCCAUCGACAAACUCGGCCAAACACAAACCCAAUGUGGGCUAUCGCCUGGGAAAGAGGAAAGCCCUGUUCGAGAAGCGCAAGCGCAUCAGCGAUUACGCCCUGGUCAUGGGCAUGUUCGGGAUCAUCGUGAUGGUAAUCGAAAACGAGCUGAGCAGUGCCGGUGUCUACACAAAGGCAUCGUUCUACUCAACAGCGUUAAAAACCUUAAUAUCUGUUUCGACUGUGAUUCUUUUAGGACUUAUAGUAGCUUACCAUGCUUUGGAAGUGCAGGUGAGAUUAUUCAUGAUAGAUAACUGCGCCGACGAUUGGAGGAUCGCAAUGACAUGGCAACGAAUUAGUCAAAUAGGGUUAGAACUUUUUAUAUGCGCUAUACAUCCAAUUCCUGGCGAAUACUAUUUCCAGUGGACGACGAAAUUGGCCAAUAAGAAUAAAACAAUUGGCACCGAAAUGGUGCCAUAUGACGUAGCUUUAUCAUUACCUAUGUUCCUUCGAUUAUAUUUAAUCUGCCGCGUAAUGCUGCUGCAUUCAAAGCUAUUCACAGAUGCAUCAUCACGGAGCAUUGGCGCUCUCAAUAGGAUUAAUUUUAACACAAGAUUCGUUUUAAAAACUCUAAUGACAAUAUGCCCGGGAACGGUUCUAUUGGUCUUCAUGGUCUCCCUGUGGAUCAUCGCAUCCUGGACGCUGCGUCAGUGCGAAAGGUUCCACGAUGAGGAGCACGCGAAUUUGCUAAACUCCAUGUGGCUAACGGCCAUCACAUUUCUCUGUGUCGGCUACGGCGACAUUGUGCCAAACACGUACUGUGGACGCGGUAUCACCCUCACCUGCGGCAUGGUGGUAAGUAUUUCCUUCAAAAACCUAAAAAAAAAAAAAACAAAGCCUCAAUCCUAAAAAGAAAUACCAAAAAAAGACUCCCAGAAAUUCCAUUUAUGAUACUGAAAAUACCUUAAAAGAUACAAAAAAAAACUAAAUAAAAAAAAAACAAAAAUAGAACAGUACAGAACAGAACAGUUGCAAGAAUAAAACAAAACAGCAAAAAAAUAUAUAUAUUUCCAUAUAUACAAACAAUAAAGAAAUCCUAUAAUAAGAUAAACAAUCAACUACUACAACAACAAGUACAUACAUCAUCAUCAACAAAUACCGCAACAACAACAGCAAACAGCAAACUUUCAUGCAUAAAAAUAUGAGAAAUCAAACCCAUCGCAAGCAAAAGAGCAGUAGAAGAAGAUAAAGAAGAGGAGGAGGUGGUGGAGGAGAAGGAGGAUGAUAAAGGGGGGUCCAGAAAAGUAGUCGCCACUGAGGCGCCCCCGAAAAAUAAAAGAAAACAGAUAUAUAUAGUAUUUUAUAGUAAUUGUACCUGCCAAAUCAACCGAUACACACGCACGCACUCACUUCUCUGUACACAUAAAAAAAUGCCACACAAAAUCCCUAGAUAUUUUGAAACUUGUAAUCCUCUGUAAAGCUCCAUAAUUGUAAAUUAUAAAUAAUUUCUAGUCCAAAACGUAUUUCGAUAAACGUUUAAUCCGAACCAUAUGUAUGUUACAAAUAUGUAUGAUUCUGACUUUUUUAAGAUAAGCAGACUUUUUUUCAUAAGCAGAACUUUUAAUGAUAUUUAAUAUAAACAACUAAAAAUAUUAACACCACAGAAAUAAUUUUCAUUUCCAUGGACAAAAACUAUAUUAAAAGAAAAUAAAAAAUUGAUUUAAAUAUAAAUUCUGAUUUUAAUAAUUUAUAAUACUGAUCUUAUAACAUCAGAUGUGCCUAAAUGAUACACAAUUUUCUGCCGUGUACGUGUGUGGGCUUAUUCCCUGACCUGCCUUUUCGAUGCUCUCGAGUUUCCCCCUCUGUUGCCCCCCACCAGAGUUAUAAAUUCAAAUUCAAAUAUCCAAAAUCCGUUUGGAGACUGCCACCCACACAAACAAAAGAAAAAAACACGUAUCCAUUUUUCGUAGCAUACAUUUCAGCGCACAUAUUUUAGAUGCCGUUUUGUCUGCCCCAAUCGUCGCCAAAAAAAAAAAAAAGAAAAAGCCAAAAUAAACUGAAAAAAGCGGAAAACAAAUGUCGAGCGAUAGUUUUAUAUCAGUAUUCAUCUCGCUCUAUCUGGUUUUUGUUUCAGUCAGGCCGCGAUUUAUACAUACAAACACAUUACAUUCCCACCCACCCACAAAUAAACACACACUCCGGCAAUCUGUUGUAAAUCAUCACCAAAAAAAAAAAUAUAUAUAUAUAUAUAUGUUACCACCCACUUUGUGUGCGCGUGUCUGUGUGUGUGUGUGUGUGCUGUACUACAAACAUAAGCACACAUAAUAUAUGUAUUUAAAUAUAUCUAUAUAAUCACCAUGUGUGCGUGUGUGUGUGCUUUCGAAGCUUUAAAGAGCGCAGAUAACAAUGUAACUUUUCUUGUUGUCCUAUUUUUUCUGCAAGCAAAAACUAAAACGAAAAAAAAAAAUUUCUGACACACACACACAGAUAUACUUUAAAGAGGAAGCAAAGGAAAAACCGAGAAAAGUUUUUGCUUCCUGGCAAAAACAAAAACAAAAAGAAAAUCAAAACAAAUCUUUUCUGACAGCUCCGGCAAAUUCUAUUAAUGUGCACAUUUAACUGUCUGGGUGUGAGUGUGCCACAGUUUGCGUGCGUGUGUGCGAGUGGGCCUGUGUGUGUGAGUGUGUUUGGGCCUUGGAAAUUAAAUUGAAUUGUUCUCUGCACCCUAGAAGCUCCUUCCUUAAGAAUAACAAAUCACUAGAUAACGUACAAAACAUAUAUAUUUUCAACUCUCACUUUUGUACAGCAAGCUUUCAUCGGGCCAAAAACCCCCCUGGUUGUACAUAUAUACAUAUAUAUUAACGGUUACGUCCAUAACUGUCAACAUCUCAAUAUAUCCGAAAACCGAAAACCCCCAAAAAAAAAACCAACAACCCAAAAGCCAAAACCCCAUCAAGCUCUUUUUGGACCACUGUAUUGUGUGCGCUCACCCGUUUUCUCGUCCAUUUGUUGUUAAUCUCGUUUUCCUAUAUGCAGAAUGCCCAUUCUAACUUUUACUUUUCGUUUUCACAAUUGUUUUUA